AAGACCCCCACUUGACCAAAACUCAAGCAAAACUGCUGCUGAACUAUGCAUUCGCAUUCAGUUCUUGGAUCUGCCAGCAAGCUGAAGUGUGACUAAAGAAGCUGGCUAUUUCAAAACUAAUUCAUUUUAAUUGCGCGAUUUAUAAUUAUGGCUAAUUGGAAAUUUGGCCUAUACGCGCUGUUAGCGCUAUGUGGACUGACCAGCCUGGUCAGUGGCUACAAAGUGGGCGUGGGCAGGGCGGACAUAACUGGCCCGCCAGUGGAAAUCAAUUUUAUGGGUUAUGCGAACCUUAAGCAGGUCGGAAAAGGACUGCACACUCGCACCUUCGCUCGGGCGUUUGUUGUGGAGGAUGAGAAGGGACACCGUGUGGCAUUCGUCAGUGCCGACUGUGGCAUGAUGGGCUAUGGCGUAAAGAGGGAGGUGGUGAAGCGUCUUCAGGCGCGCUAUGGAAAUAUCUACACUGCCGAUAACGUGGCCAUAAGUGGAACACACACUCAUGGCGCACCUGGAGGAUUCUUGAUGCACUUGCUCUACGAUAUCUCCAUUUUGGGCUUUGUGCCGCAGACAUUUGAGGUCAUGGCCCAAGGGAUCUACUUGAGCAUUAAGCGUGCUACGGAUAACUUGGUAGAUGGUCGCAUAUAUUACUCCAAGACUACGGUGCUAAAUGCCAACAUCAAUCGCUCGCCGUCGUCGUAUCUGCGCAAUCCUGCCGAGGAACGGGCCCAAUAUGAGCACGAUGUGGACAAGACCUUGGCGCAGCUGAGAUUUAUGGACAAGGAGAACAAUCUGCUGGGGGCAUUCAACUGGUAUGCGGUGCAUGCCACCUCCAUGAACAACACCAACAAACUGGUGACCAGUGACAAUAUGGGUUAUGCCUCCUUGUUUCUGGAGAAGGAAUACAAUCCCAAUAAGAUGCCAGGAAAGGGUAAAUUUGUUGGCGCCUUUUGCUCCUCGAAUUUGGGCGAUGUUUCACCGAAUAUCAUGGGUCCCAAGUGCUCCAUUUCUGGCAAGGAAUGCGACCUGCUCUCCUCCCAUUGCCCUGUCGGCGAAGGCGACUGCUUUGCCAUGGGUCCAGGCCGGAAUGGCGACAUGGUCGAGAGCACCCAGAUCAUUGGACAGCGCUUGGCCGAGGGAGCAUUGAGACUGUUGAACGAACAGAGCCAGGAAACGACAGCACGUGAGGUGACUGGAGAUGUGCGAUUCAUUCAUCAGUUUGUGGACAUGCCCAACUACAAUGGCAGCACCUACAAUCCGCUCACCCGCAAGCUGGACAAGAUUAGAGGAUGCCAUCCGGCAAUGGGUUACAGUUUCGCAGCUGGCACCACCGAUGGUCCUGGAGCCUUUAGCUUUGAGCAGGGCACCACCACGGAUAAUCCCAUGUGGAACUUUGUGCGCGACUUCAUUGUGCCGCCCACGCAGGAGGACAUCAGUUGCCAUGCUCCAAAGCCCAUUCUUCUGGCCACAGGACGAGCAACUUUCCCCUACGAAUGGCAACCGAAAAUUGUCUCCACCCAGUUGCUGAAGAUUGGCGAUGUCAUCAUUGCCGCAGUGCCAUGUGAGUUCACCACCAUGGCGGGUCGUCGCUUAAGGAAUCAGAUUCGUUCCGCCGCCUUGGCAGCUGAUAACAUCGACACGGAUGUCAUCAUUGCCGGCUUGACCAACAUUUACACCAGCUACACGGUCACUCCGGAGGAGUAUCAGGCACAGCGCUAUGAGGCUGCCUCGACCAUCUUUGGACCCCACACUCACACCAUUUACAUGGACGUGUUUAAGCAACUGACCAAGGCAAUGAUGCUCAAUGAAACCGUUGACGCCGGACCGAGUCCUCCUUAUAUGAAUGAUGUCAUGUUGUCCCUGAAUACAGGAGUGCUCUUUGAUGGUCAUCCCAUUGGCACGGACUUUGGCUAUGUGAAGACGCAGCCAAAUAAGGAAUACGGCAUUAAUGAUACCGUCAAGGCCACCUAUAUAUCGGGUAAUCCCCGCAACAAUCUAUUCACGGAGAAGACAUACUUUACCAUCGAGCGAAAGAUCAACGAGGAUCGCUGGAAGAUCACACACACUGAUGCCAGCUGGGAGACAAAAAUGGUCUGGCAUCGUACCAACACAAUCUUGGGCUUCAGCGAACUGGAUAUCUACUGGAAUAUCGGUCCACAGACGCUGCCCGGCGAGUAUCGCAUUCGCCAUUCGGGCGAGUACAAGUAUAUCCUUGGUGGCAAGUAUCCCUAUGAGGGUCUGACGCACUCUUUCACUGUCAAGGAGGAUUAGAGUGUGCAUUUAUUUAUUUACCCUUUAUAAAUGAUCGAGAAAAAGCUUUAUUUAUAAAAUACAAGUAAAAUGAAUGCCAAAUUUUUUAGAACUUAAAUAAAACUAUUGGAAAAUCAAA